AUGGAUGCGGAAAAGAAGACCCACGAGGCCAACUUGGCUACCUCGACAGCGUCGGAUGUCGGCGUCGGCGUUCACGAGGAUGCGCCUCAGAAUGUCUCUUGGAGAAGGAAGAUUCUCUAUCACCUCUGGGAUGCUGACCAGCAUCUGAAGAGUCCUCAGGAACGCGCUUUGGUUCGAAAGCUGGAUUUCGGCAUCCUGAUUUGCGCCACUCUUGGCUGGUGGAUGAAAUACAUUGACCAGAGCAACAUCACGAAUGCCUAUGUCAGCGGGAUGAAGGAGGAUUUGAACAUCCAAGGAAACGAGUAUACUUAUAUGCUCAUGUGCUACACCAUCGCCUUCGCCAUCAUGCAAAUCCCAUCAAACCUAAUCGCCCUCAAGAUCCGUCCUCGUUAUUGCAUCGUCUUUUGCGAACUGGGAUGGACGGCCUUUACCUUCGCCCAGGCCGCGGCCCAGAGCAGCAACCACAUGUACGCCUUCCGCUUCAUGAUUGGCCUCUUCGAAUCCGGCUUCUCGCCUAUCAUCAUCUUCCUCCUCGGAUCGUGGUACACUAAGCCCGAGCUCGCGAAGCGCGUGGCCAUUUGGCACAUCACCGGCUUCUUUGGUCAGGCGACGUCUGGGUUCUUGCAGGCUGGGAUUCAUAGGUCGCUGAAUGGGCAUUUGGGGUUGGCGGGGUGGAGGUGGAUGUAUAUCGUCUGCGGCUGUAUGUCACUACCGGUUGCUCUCUCCGUGUGGUGGUUACUGCCUGAUUACCCGCAUAACACGACUGCGUGGUACCUUACGGAAGAGGACAAGCAGAUUGCGAUGCAGCGCGCGGCGAAGCAGGGUAAGGCGGAGAUCACGGGGGUUGUGGACGUGAAGCUUCUCAACCGCAUGUUUGGGAACUGGCGAUGGUGGAUCUUGUGCUUGAUGUACAUCUUCUAUGGCAACUCGUGUCAGGCUAACAACUAUUUCGCCAUCUACCUCCGCGAGAACGGAUAUAGCGUCACUCAGCGUAACGUCAUUCCGGCCUGCGCCAACCUCGUCACCAUGGUCACGGACUUUGCUUGGGGCUUCAUGUCGGACAUGACUGGCAACAGACCACUGUGGAUCAUUGGCCCUCUGAUGGGAACGACCGUUGUCGGCUCUUCGAUCCUUACGGCGUACCCGCCGACCGAUGCUGCACGAGUAGCCGGCUUCUUCCUCGUGUCUUGCGGUUAUGUCACGGCUGUUACUUGGACCUGGGCAAAUGAGGUGAAUAAUGGCAACGCGGAAGAGCGUGCCUUGACUAUUUCCAGCAUGAAUGGUUUGUUCUACGCAACCAACUCUUUCUUGCCCAUCCUCAUCUUCCCGCAGACCAUGGCACCCACGUUCGAGCGAGGCUUUCCCUCCAUCCUUGCGUUCGCGCUCGCUGCCGUGGUACUCGUCUUCGUUGCGGACUUCUUGCAUAAGCGUCAGCUGCGACAAGAAGCACAUGCCGCUGGCGUACAGCCCGCUUCUGAGACUGCAGUUGAGAGUGAAGCCGACAAGAAGGAGAAGGAGAUGGAGGGAAGACUUUCUGCAGCUAUUGAGCCAGUUCAGAACUCUUCUAGUAUCAUCUGA